AUGGCAACUUCGCCGACCGGCCUGGGAAACACGGUGGUAUUGCCGUGCCCCUCCCUCCCUGACGAUGUCAUCAUGGACAUUUUUGCGCGGCUGCCGGCCAAGUUUGUGGGCCGGUGCCGCUAUCUCUCUCGCGCCUGGGCCGCCAUGCUCUCCUCGGAGGACUUUGCUGAUCGCCACCGUCGCCUCGCCAACCAUCGCCACAGCCCUAGGGUCUUCUUCUUGCAUCACUCGUCCCGCGAUGGACCAUUGAUGCACGUCUGGUCGCCGCAGGACAGCCCUAACGGUGCACCAUUGACCCUGUAUGUUCCAAAGGCUGACAACGCCAAAAGGGCCUUACACAUCGCCACACUUGUGUGUCGUGGCCUUGCCAUCUUUCAAACACCCUGUACAGAAAUCAACUAUCUGUGCAACCCGUUGACUGGUCAGAUGGCGGCGCUCCCAGAGCGUGAGAAGAUGCCGUGGUACUGGGAUGAUGUUUUGGGUCGACAUUAUACGAGUCUAGGGCUCGGCUAUGAUGCACAUAUGAAGAAACAUGAAGUUGUGUGCGUCUACUAUGGGGGUGCCAGAUGUGAUAGCGAGGGACUCCCAAGGUUCGCGGGAUGUGAUCUUUAUGUUGUCAAUUCAAACGGCCGCUGGCCGAUUCAAGGGAAGCCGCCCGCUUGGGUGAGUAACACCGCCGGGGAUGAGGUGGGGGAUUAG